CAUACUCGGGCUUUCUCAAUCUGGUUGUUCAUCAGUGCAUCCUUUUGUGUUAGUAAUGGCAUCUCAUACAAAGACAAUAUGUUAUAUUCUGCUGGGCCUUCUAUUUGCGUGGACCCUGCUUGAAGGGACGAAGGCGGUGGAGGAGGAGAAGUCGGCUGAAACUGAAUACUACCGUGGCGGUGGUGGUGGCGGAUACGGUGGUGGCGGGCAUGGUGGUGGACGUGGCGGGCACGGUGGCGGUGGACGUGGCGGAUACGGUGGCGGUGGACAUGGCGGAUACGGUGGUGGCGGACAUGGUGCUUAUGAAACUGAAGACCACCGUGGUGGUGGUGGCGGAGGAUACGGUGGUGGCGGGCAUGGCCGUGGAGGACAUGGCAGCGGCGGCGGCGGAUACGGUGAUAGCAAAAAAGGCGGCGGUGGUGGUGGCGGAAAAGGCGGCGGUGGGCACGGUCCUGGUAAUUGAGGAGCACAAACUGACAGCAGAAGCAGCUUACAAAUAGUAUUAAGUAGUAUUUAUAUAAUAAAGCAGGUUCGGUCAUUGGCUUGUUAGUGUAAGAACUACAUAUGUCUGUCUAUGUGACUGCAAGUUUUUUAUCAAGCAAGGCUUCGCAAGCACUGUAAGGAAGGAACAUGGAUGUGCUGUGUUUGCGAUGUUACAAGCUUUGCUUUUAGCUGUAAAAUACAUAUACUUCUUGUGCUGUCACUCGUGUCAUGUAAAAAUGUCCUAACUAAUAUAUGGUACAUUUGAAAUAUACAACGUCCACAAGAGUGAUUAGAGAUCA